AUGGAGCCUUCAGAAAGCUCAUCCCCACAACAACAAAUGGUUACACCAGAUGGUUCAAGCUUUGAUGAAUCAAUAGAACAACUAAAUUCACUGGUUGAAUUUUCUUCUAAGUUUUCAGGGAACAAUAAAGUGACAUAUGAUACUUUGCUCAUAGAUGACCCAUUCAAGAAGUCUGAAAUACAAAAGAUAGUACACAAGGAUUACAGAACCUCAAUAACAACUCUUAUGGAUGAGUUUGAAAAGUCACUGGAAAGACUGAGCUAUAUAUCUAGAGAAAAGGUAUUAAAAACAUACAGAAAGGCUAUUGAGGCGGAAAUAGAAGAAACUAUAUGCAAAAAUGAGAAGCAGUCAAUGUCAAAACUUCAAGAAUUAUACGGGGAAGCUCAGCUGGAGCUAGAUUUAAAGAACAGUUUAAACAACUCAAUUGCAAAUAGUCCUAGUGCAUCAGAUUAUAUCAGACGAGAAGGAAGUUCUGAAGCCUCUAAAAACAAAAAGAGAACAUCUAUUCCUAAGGAGACGAAAACGUUUCUGGAAAGUGUUUUUAAUUCUAAGAGAACUCCAAACAGCAGAGAGAGACAACUGAUUGCAGAGAAAUGCGGAUUAACACCAGUGCAAGUUCGCGUAUGGGUAAGUUACUGA